AUGAAGAGAGAGCUCCUUCAUCUCGACAUCAACUCCCAGACUGGAAGCAACAUGCCGCUUGCUUCGAUGCGAAUUGGUACCAUAAUCCACAACAUUGAGAUGCGGCCGGGCCAAGGUGGGAAGCUGGUUCGAGCUGCAGGGACGAGUGCCAAAAUCAUGAAGGAGCCAACAGCCGAAAUCUGUGUGAUAAAACUGCCUUCUGGUGCUGAGAAGAUCAUCGAUGCUCGAUGCAGGGCGACGGUUGGGGUGGUGUCCAAUGCCAGCCAUGGGGCGAAGAAGCUUACAAAGGCAGGGCACAGCAGGUGGUUAGGGAGAAGGCCAGUUGUUCGAGGAGUGGCCAUGAAUCCGGUGGAUCAUCCCCACGGCGGUGGAGAAGGUAGGAGCAAAAGUAGUGGCUCUUUCGGUAGAGUGUCGCAGACUCCAUGGGGUAAGCCGACUAAAUCUGGGUACAAGACUGGUCCACUCAAGCGCAAAAAGUAG